AUGUCAUCAUCCAUUAUACAACUGCUAGCUUCUGAAAAACUUAAUGGUGAUAAUUACGGAACUUGGAAAUUGAAUAUUAACACGAUACUACUAAUAGUUGAUCUUCGAUUCGAUUUAACAGAGGAGUGUCCUCGAUCCUCUGGUCCUAAUGCAAACCGAACAGUUCGGGAUGUAUAUGACAGAUGGGUCAAAGCUAAUGAGAAGGCUCAAGUUUAUAUUUUAGCCACUAUAUCUGAUUUAUUGUCUAAGAAACACGAGAGGUUAGCUACUGCAAAGGAGUUCAUGGACUUUUUACAGGGCCUAUUUGGACAACCGUCCACAUUUAUCAUGCAUGACGCAAUUAAAUUCAUUUACAACUGCAGAAUGAAGGAAGGAACCUCCGUAAGGGAACAUGUUUUGAACAUGAUGGUUCAAUUCAAUGUUGCAGAAAUGAAUGGAACCAUCAUGAAUGAGAAGAGUCAAGUUGGAUUCAUCAUGCAGUCUCUUCCGAAGAGCUUUUUUCAAUUCAAAAUGAAUGCCAUGAUGAAAAAGAUAGAGUAUAACUUGACAACUCUUCUCAAGGAACUCCAGAUUUACGAAUCUUUUUUGCAAAAUAAAGGUUCAGAGGCAUAA